UUGUGACCUUUUUUCCUCCUUUUUGGAAGAAGACAAUGCCUCCUUCUCCUUCUUCUUCUUCUUCUUCUUCUUGUUCGACCAUAUUAUUGUUCAAUCUCAUAUUAUUUGUUCUUUUCUGCAACACCAAGGCUGUCAUAAAGCUACCGCCAAAUGAAACCGUCCCAGCAGUUAUAGCAUUCGGAGAUUCAAUCGUUGAUACGGGAAACAACAACGGUCUACCAACUAUUGCCAAGUGCAAUUUCCCCCCCUAUGGGAAGGAUUUUCAAGGUCAUAUUCCAACAGGCAGAUUCGGCAAUGGAAAGGUCCCCUCUGACUUGAUAGCGGAGGAUUUGGGAGUCAAAGACCUUUUACCAGCAUAUUUGGAUCCAAAUCUGCAACCUCAAGACCUAAUCACCGGCGUAUGCUUCGCUUCAGGCGGCGCAGGAUAUGAUCCCUUGACAUCCAAAAGUGCGUCUGCCCUAUCAUUGUCCGAUCAAAUAGAAAUGUUCAAAGAAUACAUAUCAAAGCUCAAAGGAAUUGUCGGAGAAGAGAGGGCAAACUUCAUCGUGGCCAAAACUCUAUAUGCCGUGGUGGCUGGCAGCAACGACAUUUCCAAUACAUAUUUUGCUGGUGGCGUGCGGCAGUUGCAGUACGAUGUCCCUACUUACACCGACCUUAUGGCCAACAAAGCUGUCGAAUUCUUGAACGAAAUAUAUGCACUGGGGGCUCGAAGGAUUGGGGUGUUGAGUGCACCGCCAAUUGGAUGUGUGCCAUCACAAAGAACUCUGGGCGGAGGAGUGCAAAGAGAGUGCGCAGAAAAAUGCAACCAAGCGGCAAAGUUGUUCAACGCUAAACUGUCUUCGAAAGUGGAUUCCCUUAACAGGAUCCUGCCCGACAGCAAGAUUGUCUACCUUGAUGUUUACAACCCUUUACUUGAUCUCAUUCAUAACCCUGCAAAAUAUGGCUUUGAGUUUUCGAAUAAAGGGUGCUGUGGUACAGGGAAGAUAGAGGUCAUUAUACUGUGUAACCAAUGGUCUGCCACCUGUCCAGAUGUGUCUGACUAUGUUUUUUGGGAUAGUUUUCAUCCCACUGAAGCAGCGUACAGAAUCCUUAUUACUCAAGUCCUCCAAAAGUAUACUUCUUCUUCUUCUUCUUCUUCUUCGACCAUAUUAUUGUUCAAUCUCAUAUUAUUUGUUCUUUUCUGCAACACCAAGGCUGUCAUAAAGCUACCGCCAAAUGAAACCGUCCCAGCAGUUAUAGCAUUCGGAGAUUCAAUCGUUGAUACGGGAAACAACAACGGUCUACCAACUAUUGCCAAGUGCAAUUUUCCUCCCUAUGGGGAGGAUUUUCAAGGUCAUAUUCCAACAGGCAGAUUCGGCAAUGGAAAGGUCCCCUCUGACUUGAUAGCGGAGGAUUUGGGAGUCAAAGACCUUUUACCAGCAUAUUUGGAUCCAAAUCUGCAACCUCAAGACCUAAUCACCGGCGUAUGCUUCGCUUCAGGCGGCGCAGGAUAUGAUCCCUUGACAUCCAAAAGUGCGUCAGCCCUAUCAUUGUCCGAUCAAAUAGAAAUGUUCAAAGAAUACGUAUCAAAGCUUAAAGGAAUUGUCGGAGAAGAGAGGGCAAACUUCAUCGUGGCCAAAAGUCUAUAUGCCGUGGUGGCUGGCAGCAACGACAUUUCCAAUACAUAUUUCGCUGGUGGCGUGCGGCAGUUGCAGUACGAUGUCCCUACUUACACCGACCUUAUGGCCAACAAAGCUGUCGAAUUCUUGAACGAAAUAUAUGCACUAGGGGCUAGAAGGAUUGGGGUAUUGAGUGCACCGCCAAUUGGAUGUGUGCCAUCACAAAGAACUCUGGGCGGAGGAAUGCAAAGAGAGUGCGCAGAAAAAUGCAACCAAGCGGCAAAGUUGUUCAACGCUAAACUGUCUUCGAAAGUGGAUUCUCUUAACAGGAUCCUGCCCGACAGCAAGAUUGUCUACCUUGAUGUUUACAACCCUCUACUUGAUCUCAUUCAUAACCCUGCAAAAUAUGGGUUUGAGUUUUCGAAUAAAGGGUGCUGUGGUACAGGGAAGAUAGAGGUAUCUAUACUGUGUAACCAAUUGUCUGCCACCUGUCCAGAUGUGUCUGACUAUGUUUUUUGGGAUAGUUUUCAUCCCACUGAAGCAGCAUACAGAACCCUUAUUACUCAACUCCUCCAAAAGUAUGUCAAUAAAUUCUUCUGAGGCAACCGAUCGACCAUAUAUAUAUGCUAAGUUUCUUCACGUCGAAUUCAACAGCUGGCUCCAAUCCAAUUGAAAUUAUAAUUUUAGCUUUUCAUUCCUUCACAUAUUUGUUUAAGAUAUGAUUCAUAGAAAUAAUUAAAGGACCCAUCUUAUUUGCUCA